AGCCAAUUUAGCUUCGCAUUUGAGUUUAAUCGACUAGAUUGAUCUAACGGUAUCGUUCAUUCCCUAUAAAUCUGACUUUGGCGCAAUCCAAUUCAUAGUAUGGCGAAUUCAUGUGGACGGCUGCUGUGGCUCGGUGCGUUAGUAAUCGUCUCUACUAUUACGACAACAUCUGCAGAUGACGUCGCCACUUACAUUAUCCACAUGGACUCCGCCGCCAUGCCGGCUGCGUUCUCCGAUCGCCGGAGCUGGUACCUCGCCACUCUCGCCGCCGCUAUCUCGGGAUCCUCCGCGGUGGGCGACCGCAUCCUGUACGUGUAUGAACACGCGGUCCACGGCUUCAGUGCGCGGUUCUCCCAGGCGCAGCUCGCGCGGCUCAAGCAGUCGCGCGGUUUCCUGGCUUGUCACGUCGACGCCUUGGUGAAGAAGGACACCACCCACACUCCGGCAUUCCUAGGUCUCACCGCCGAUGGAGCAGGUUUGUGGCCUGUCUCCCGGUUCGGAGAUGAUGCAAUCAUCGGUGUGGUCGACACCGGCGUUUGGCCGGAGAGCGCCAGCUUCAGCGACGACAGCCUGGGGCCGGUGCCCCCCCGGUGGCGUGGAGCAUGCGAGAUAGGCCCCGGCUUCGGUCCCUCAGCGUGCAACCGCAAGCUCAUCGGCGCACGGAGCUUCUUCAAGGGUCUUCUCGCCCUUGACCCCAACUUGACGCUCCCCGACCCAACCCCGCGCGACGACGAGGGCCACGGGACCCACACGUCGUCCACCGCGGGAGGGAGCCGCGCUGAUGGCGCAGCCUUCUUCGGAUACAGCCCGGGCAAGGCCACCGGCGUGGCGCCGUGGGCGCGCCUGGCGAUGUACAAGGCCUUGUGGUCUGGCUUCGGUGGGGCCACGUCGGACAUCAUCGCGGCCGUCGACAAAGCCAUCGCCGAUGGCGUUGAUGUAAUCUCUCUAUCCCUGGGGAUCGAUGACCUGGCGCUGUACCAAGACCCCAUCGCGAUUGCGACGUUCGCGGCGGUCGACCAGGGAAUCUUCGUCUCCACGUCGGCGGGCAACGAGGGUCCCUUCGAUGGCCUGCUCCACAAUGGCACUCCGUGGGUCACCACCGUGGGGGCCAGCACCGUCGAUCGGACCUUCGUCGCUGCCGUCACCCUCGGCGAAGGCUCCGUCGUGCUAGGCCAAUCGCUGUACCCCGGCAGCUCGGCCUCCAAACAUAGGCAGCUUCCCCUGGUCUUUCUCGAUCAAUGCGAUAACAUCACAUUGCUCAAGAACAAUCGCCACAAGAUCGUGAUCUGCAAAGUCGCAGAAUUGGGCAUCGCCGUCCAAAAUCUUCAAAUCGCCAAAGUUGACGCCGGCCUCUUCAUCUCCGGCGACAUCUUCCUUGAAUUCUACAUUCAGUUCACAUAUCCCGCCGCCAUCAUUAGCCCGCAAGACGGCCCCACCAUCUUAAACUACAUCAACAACACAUCCGAACCCAAAGCCAUGUUACGGUUCAAACAAACCGUUCUCGGAACCAAGCCGGCGCCGGUCGUCGCCACGUACAGCUCCCGAGGACCGUCGUCGAGCUGCCCGUCGGUUCUGAAACCCGACAUUGUCGCGCCGGGUUCCUUAAUCCUCGCAGCGUGGCCGACGAACUCGUCGGUCGGCGUGGCUGACGGGAACCAAUUGUACAGUCAGUUCAACAUCAUUUCCGGUACGUCCAUGGCCUGCCCCCAUGUCGCCGGCGUCGGCGCCUUGCUCAAGGCGGCGCGGCCGGAGUGGAGCCCGGCGGCGAUUAGGUCCGCCAUCAUGACCACGGCAAGCCAUUUAGACAACACAGGGGCUCCAAUUAAGGACAUGGGACACCAUUACAAGCAUGCCACCCCAUUGGCGAUGGGGUCCGGCCAUCUGGACCCGAACCGGGCCCUCGAACCCGGCCUAAUCUACGACGCCGACACAGAGGAUUACCUCGAACUCCUCUGUGCCAUGAACUUCACAAUCCCACAGAUCAAAAUCAUCGCCAAAACCACUUCGAUAGAUUGCUCAAACGCGACGUUGGAUCUCAACUACCCGUCCUUCAUCGCCUAUUUCGACGCGAACGCGACAUCUGCCGGCAGCAGCGGCGGCGCAGCGGCCCGACAGUUCCGCCGGAGGGUGACCAACGUCGGCGAUCCGACGGCGACGUACCGCGCGGAGAUCGUGCAGAUCAAAGGGUUUACCACGAGCGUGGUGCCGGAGAGAUUGGUGUUCACGGAGAGGUACGAGAAGCAAAGCUUCACCUUGAUCUUGGAGAAGGUGAGUGGAAGGAAAGCUGACACGGAGUCGCAUGGGUCGCUGAGUUGGGUGGAGGAGAAGGGGAAGUACGUGGUGAGGAGUCCAAUAGUUGGGACGACUUUUAUUCCUGGUCUGUAAUUAAAUGGUCGAGCUGUGCCAUCGGAUAAUAACCAAUGAGUGUCAGGCUCUUAUAUGCUGCUGACCAACGUCUGACAAAUCAAGUUCAAUUGGGAUGAAAUCUAGUUCUUUUUUGCUUCGUUUUCUGUUGGGUUCUCGUCCUUUCUUAGCAAAUGGUGUAAUAACUCAUCAGUUUGAUUCUAAUAUAGAAUGUCACUACAAACAUUCACC